AUGAUUAUGGUUGAUUUCAGGGCUGUAUGUGAACUACACAGUUGCACCUCUCUACUGUUCAAAAGUGCAACUCCUCCACCUCUCCGCUUAAAGGAUUCAUCGAGGUUUGGUUUAUUUCUGGUCGAUUUGAUUGAAGAGUAAUUUGAGAAAUUCGGGCACACUUGAGUCAAUGACGACUGUACUUGUCGAUCGUUUCUAAUCCAGUGCAACCACCUUACGCGAUACGAAGGAAACUGAUCACGACACAUCGGAAUUAAAAGAAGUAUUGACAUCGAAACCAGAAAGAUCGUCAGAAUGAUUACAAUCACGCUACCAACCUUGUUCCUCGAACAGGCAGAUUCACCGAGCUGGAAUCUGACUGGCACAGCUCAUCUCGAAGAUUACGUGGGGCAUUUUUCGAUAUCACUUGUGUCCCUAUGCGUCCAAAGUAAUGUAUUCGUUCUUUUAAGUUCUUCUGAUACAUUAAUGAAUAUAAAAUAAAUAAUGACAUGAAUAAAUAUUCGCAUCGAAAAGGUAGUGUUCAAUGGAUGUAUUGAAACAACACUCAUAGGACUCACGGUCAUCUAAAAGUGAAAAUUAGUACAGAGUAAAGUGCCCCCGAUCACUUCUUGCAGUUACACAUCCGCUUCGAUAUUAUAUAUAUUGAUGUUUGAGAAGUCCUCUUCAAUCCUCAUUUGAUUCGUAUGCCUGCGGUCAGUCUGUACGUGCGGCUAGAUUGUUCAGAAACUCGUCCCAGCUCCAUGUCCAGAAUGGUGGCUUGUCCCAAGAAUCGCCGAGCUCCUAGAAUUGUACACACAGUCUGGUUGUUUGCCUCCUUAGCGGCAUGUCUGUUGCUGACGACGCACUUCGGUAUGCAUUUCUAGACCAAUCGACCUGCAACUCUGGAUGUGCUCAAGGUGCUCAAGGCCUGUUCGUUUUCGGAGACAGCUACACAGAUACUGGAGAGAACUUGAAGUACCCGUAUGGGAUGACAUGGCCUGGAGAUGGCGGAGCUCGCCGUUCAUCAGAUGGGCACAACGAGGUGGACUACAUAGCGGCGAAGCUAGGGGUACCUUCACCGACGCCAUGGGAGGAUUUGCCUGGAAACGGAUACCAAACCAACGGGGGUGUGAAUUUCGGUGUGGGAGGAGCUGCAGUCACCUACGCUUACGGUUGGAAGCCCUUGGAAAAGCAAGUCGACGAGUUUGAAGCGCUCGUGAAGGGCGGGACAUGGACCGGGGAUCACUUGGCACAAUCAGUGGCGCUCGUCUCCAUUGGUGUGAACGAUUACACCUACUACAAUCAGUAUGGUAAUGUAGUCCAGGGUGUGAGCGCGUUUAUCGAUACAGUCGUUGACCAGAUAGGAAUUCAAAUGCAACGCAUCCACAACCUCGGGGUGGGAAGUCUAAUGGUGGAGAAUCUGGUACCUAUGUCGUGCAUGCCAUUCACCACGCUGUGGGUCAAUGGCGAGACGGGUUGUGCGACAAACGAACUGCUUGACACAGAAACAAACCUGCAUGACGCGAAGCUGCAUUAUAAAGUGGACGAGCUCAACAGUGUUGGAGCCAACAUUUUGAUGCUGGAUCUCACGAAAGCGCUGAGACAAUUAUUUGAAAACGGGCCAUCGUAUGGGUUUACAGAAGCUUACAAACGGUGUUGCACGGGCUCCUGCGGUGGUGGAGAUGGCUACACGGUGUGCAACAAUCCUGCAAAUCACGUGAUUUUUGAUAGUAUUCAUCCUACCGAGGCGGCGUGGAAGGCGGUGACGGACCUCUACAGUUACAGUACGGGAUUCACGAAAGGAGCCACUCUGAAUACAUGGUUUCGUCAGAACCAGAUGAUUAAUUAGGAUUGGGGUGUCGGAAUCAGGCUUCCGCAUAGCAGGAACGUCGGAGAAGAUGUAGAAAGACGAUUACCGUGAAGGCAUCCUUAGCUCACGAAAGUGUGUAAAGAAUUCGAGCUCAAAACGAGCUGUAGACUGAUUUUCGAAUGUACUAUAUCAAUUCAUUAACCAUGGUAAUUGAGUCAGGUAUUUCAAAUUGA